AGGAGUGUUGUGUUUAUUUUACAACAUAUCUGUGUGCUUUUCUUACAGAAGCCUGCUCCACCCAAACCAGAGCCGAAGCCGAAAAAGGCGGCACCGAAGAGAGAAAAAGGAGGAAAUGAUAAGAAAGAGGACAAGAAGGUAGCAACAAAAGGGAAGAAGGGAGCCAAAGGAAAAGAUGAAACUAAGCAAGAAGAUGCUAAAGAAGAAAACCACUCUGAGAACGGAGAUACCAAAACUAACGAGGCACCAGCUGCUGAAGUAUCUGAUGACAAGGAAGCCAAGUCCGAGUAACAGAUUUAGCCCUCUUCAUUUCCAUCAUUUGGUAUACGUACCUCCAUACUGUAUUGUUAAGAGAGGAAUAUUUUUAUCAACUAUUUUAUAAAUGCAGGUUUUUUUAGCAUGAAUUUAAUUAUGGAACAUCUUCAUCUCGGUUACUUGGACUUCAAAACCAACAAAACCAACCAACAGCAACAAAAAAAAAAUCAUUGUUUUUAAAAUUUUGUGAUUGUCAUAGUUUGUAUGGUACCCGGAAAGAAUCAGUGGUGGUAGCUAUUGACUUCUAUCAGUAUAUAAUCCCUUUGUGUGUCAGUCAUACGGAAUUCAGAUUUUAAUUUUACCCUUGUUAUGUGUUGUAUGGUUUCUUAACGUGGGGAGGUCUAAAAAAAAAAAAAAUACACAAAAACCACAAUUGCGUCAGACAUUCCGGUGGUUCUGUGACUUGCUUUUAUAAAGAAGGUGAGAUAUUUUCAUGAAAAAUCUUAAGAAGCUGGAAACUUGUUGUAUCUCAAAUGUAGUUUUAUUUUGUCACAUUUUGGAGAAUAAUAUUAAAAUAUGUAAUCAUGUUUUUAAAUGAAAUACAAAAAAAAAACUUUUAAAAAAGAGAAGGACAGGUUUGACUGAAUAUACCCACUGUUAGGAAUUUUGCUGGAUUUAUCUUAAUAAAAUGUCUCCUCAAAAGA